AGCGCGCUCGCUCCGGCAAAACCCGUUUUUAAUUAGGGCGCCCAGGAGGACCCUUUGGCGGAGCGGCGCGCUCGGCUGCCUGAUUUGCAGGCGCCGCGGCCGUGCAAAACAGGCGGACAUCCUGGGCUGGGCGCCCGGGUGGCUGGUGCGCCCGAGGAGUAAGCGGACAGAGUUGCGCGGUAGUUGCGCUGGGUUAUGUGGCCGGCGGUGGGAAGGCCUCGCGAUCAGGCACUGCGCUGACCGGCUAUGAGCCCGUGCCUGCUGGGGUCCUGCCGGCGGAGCCCGUGCGGGGAUGUCUGGGAGACCCCGCGCUGACUGCUGCUCAAACAUCACGUUGACAUGGAUGAUGAAGAUGGCCGAUGUUUACUAGACGUAAUUUGUGAUCCUCAGGCCUUGAACGAUUUUUUACAUGGAUCCGAAAAGAUUGACAGUGAUGAUCUCCUAGACAGCACAGGAGAUGCAGCCGGUGCCUUCUUUGAAGGUGCUGGGCUGCACGUACAAGAAUCCUCCGGCAAUCAUCUGAACGCCGAACAGAAUCAGCCCACGACUAGCGUCGACCUCGACUUCUUGGAAGAUGACAUCCUGGGCUCGCCCUCGGGGGGCGGGGCCAACCUGCAGAACUCGGACCAGCCCUGCGACAUCCUCCAGCAGAGCUUGCAGGAGGCCAACAUCACCGAGCAGACUCUGGAGGCCGAGGCCGAGCUGGAUCUGGGCUCCUUCCAGCUCCCCACGCUCCAGCCGGUGGUCCACACUGCCUCUGAUGGCACGCCACAGAUUUUCUCCAGCGGGGCUGACCUCAUCGGGCUGCAGCAGCCGGCAGUCCUCACCCAUCAAGCGCUGGUGCAGCAGUCCGUGGGCGCAGACGUGGUCAACAAAGCCAUCAGCGUGCAGCCUUUCCUCCAACAGGUCGGCCUGGGGAACGUCACCAUCCAGCCCAUCUCCAACCUUCAGGGUUUGCCCAACGGGAGCCCCAGCGGGACGCUGGGCAUCGGGCAGAUCCAAGUGGUCGGCCAGCAAGUGAUGGCGAUCAACCAGCCGGGUCAGCAGAUCAUCGCGAAGCAAGUCCAGCCUUCCCAGGUGGCCGCCAUGCCAGUGGGGAGCUACAUCGCUCAGACGGCUCCGGAGCAGCAGCAGGUCACCCUGGCCUCGGCUGGGGUGUCCCCCCAGAACGCGGGCCUCGUCAUCCAAAAGAACCUCCCCGCGGUGGCCACGACGACCCUGAACGGGAGUUCCAUGUUUGGGGGCAUGUCCGCCACGCAGGGCUCCCAGCCCCUCACCGUCACAUCCAACUUGAGCAGCCCGCUGGUGCAGGCCCAGAAUGUCAUCAUCCACCGGACGCCCACGCCCAUCCAGCCCAAACCCGCGGGGGUGCUCCAGCAGAAGGUGUACCAGAUCACCCCCAAGCCCUUCGGCCCCAACAACACCACCCUCACCAUCCAGAACGAGGCGGCCCUGCAGCAGCAGAAAGCCCAGCAGAACCUCAACUUCAUGGCGGGCAAGGCCGGGCAGAACGUGGUGCUGUCGGCCUUCCCGUCGGGGCUGCCGGCCAACAUGUUCAAGCAGCCCCCGCCGCAGCAGCAGGCCCUCAGCAAGCCCAUGAGCGUCCACUUGCUGAACCAAGGGAGCAGCAUCGUCAUCCCGGCCCAGCAUGUGCCCCAGGCCAUGCUGCAGGGCCAGAACCAGUUCCUCCUCCCUGGGCAGCUCACCGGCACGUCUGCGGUCCAGAUCCCCCAGCAGCUCUCGGCGCUCCAGGCUAACAUGGGAGGCCAGAUAUUAACCGCCUCCCACCCCAGCGGGCAAACCCACAUCAUUACCAGCCAAGGGCCCGGGGGGCAGCUGAUCACGAAUCAGGCGCUGCCUGCCCAGAUCCUCACCAAUCAGAACCUGGCGAGCCAGCUCAAUUUGGGGCAAGUGCUGACGUCGCAGAACGCUCACGGCACGGCCCACAUCCUUUCCGCUCCCAUCCAGCUGCAGCCCGGGCAGGUCGGCCAGCCGACUCUGUUCCAGAUGCCCGUCUCUCUGGCCGGUAGCCUGACGACACAGAGCCAGCCGGCCGCCGCAGCCUCCUUGGCCGGCGGUGCCAUCAAUCAGAGCGGCCAGACUGUCAUCCAGGGGGUCACCCUGCCGAACCAAGUGGCCAUGUUGAACGCUGCCGAGAACCUCAACCAAACCGUGACCAUCCAAGCGCCGGCCGGCACCAGCAGCCAGAGCCCCGGCCUCAUUCAGCCGCAGCCGGUCUCCAGCGCCAACAUGCUGCCGAGCAGCGACCAGGCCGGCAUACUGACCGUCCAGUCCGCCCCUCAGCCCUCGGCUCCUCCCCAGCUCCAGCUCAAUGUGCAGCAACAGACUCCGCCCCCUCAGCAGUCAGCACAGCUGCCCAUGUCCGCCCAGCCCAGCCCUAACUUGGUGGUAUCUAGUCCAGAGAAAAUUAUUUUGGGCCAGGCAGCCGCCGGAACCGUCGUCUCCCAGGAUUCCAUGCAGAUGUUCCUGCAACAGGCAAGUGAGAAGGUUCCUAGAAGGACCGUUGAUCCUGCUAGUUUGAUUGGUUGUGCCUGCGAUGAAGAUCGCAGAAAGAAUGAUUGGGUUUUGGAAACCACACUGUGUUGUCCUUUCUUCCCCGCUUUGGAUUGUUGGGGACUUGGUUGUGGACCAGUCUUGGUCGUCCAUUUUUUUAUAUAAUUUUUGAGAUCUAGGCCAGUGAUGGCGAACCUAUGGCACGGGUGCCAGAGGUGGCACUCAGAGC